AUGGGGUCUUGGCGCUCUGAGAGGCGCAGAGCGCUAGAGCCGGAUGGACAAGCACUUUCCUCAGGUGCUCUGGCUGGCGCACCGUGCCAGGGCAUGAAGGACAGAUCCCACAUCGGUUUCGCCCACUAUUUCAACAUAAAAGUUUCCUAUAUAAUCCCUUCUCUCUUAAGUGUUCAGGGGAAGUUUUGGGUCUUGAGAGUAGUACCGUAUAUAAGGUUUGGGAAUUCUCAGUUCAAAUACUUUAAAGUUUUGGUGGUUGUUCGAGUGAAAGAAGUGGAGUCAUCUUCUCAACCCGUUGUUUCAGUUUACUGCCCAGAACCAGACCAAUCAAAAAGGGAAAGCUCAAGUGCUGGGUUGAAUGGUCAUUUUUUCAAGAUAAAAAGAAAAGGCGGUGGCACUUUGCGCACCCACUUGAAAGAUAGUACUCAACUAAAUGACAUAUGAAGAAAGUGCAAAAUAUGCAUCGACGGAUGAAGAAGAGGCGUGCAAGAGAGGAAUUUUCCACCAUCCUAUAGAAUGCACAACUCGAAUGCUUGGCAUUACAAAGCAUUCCUCGGCGUAUCUCGACAAACUUUGGCUCAGAGAAUUGAAUGCAUAUCUGAGAUGGUACAAAAAUAAAUAACAUAGGGAAUUAGUUGUGCAGAGAUUUGUAAUGAAGGUUUUAUUUCUACCAAGUGUUUGGUUCAUUAUUUCUCAUCUUAUCAUAUGUUUUGAUUAAAACUCUAGAUAAGGCUUCUUUCCAUUAUACCCUUGAAUUAUUAGGUAACUAGUGAGCUUACCGCGCUUCGCGCGAUCAUAAAUAUUUGGCUUUAUAUGUUAAAACUUAAUUUAAAUAGUAA